UUUUCUGCUUCCCCAAAUUCUCAUCUCGCGAGUUUUCACUUACAUUUUAAACGCGGGAGCCAUCCGCUAAAGACUGAACGUUAUGCCAUGGAUUCUGUAGAUGAGGACCUGUCUGCUCGAAUUCUCCUGCAAAAUGUAAUUCAAACGGAGUCCUCCAGGUCCCCAAUUACCCGCAGUGCCUCCCAGGCUCAGUUCCAGUCCCCUGGGUUCAGAGUCAGACAUAGUAUCAGACUAAGGAGGAGUGAUGUUGGUGCCCUUACCCCACAGGAGGCCCUCAAACAGAGCAUCAAAAAGAAGCUUCGUGAGAGCACUUCCAGGUCUUCCCUGCCAGAGCCACCCAGUAAGAGGUGGGCUGUAUCAGAGGGAGUCGGGAAGAUAAACACGCCUGCACCAGCCACAGACUCACUUCUCUAUGACGAUGACAUCACACCUAGAUACCUACUCAGGGGGAUCCUGCAGACAGAGCCGGAGACAUCCCUUCUGGUUCAGGACCGGCCAGUCAGGAAGGUGCCAGAGCUGCCCUCCACAAACUCCAGUCUUCACAGCAACCGCCCAAGUACAGGGCUGUCUGAGUUGGAUCUCCCUGACAUGACCACCACAGUAAACCUGUCAAAUACGGUGAAGGGACUAAGCAGGAAGCGACCAUGUCGGAGUCUCAACAUAACAGCAUUCAACAGGCAGCUUGAACAUGAAGAUGGAGAAGGUGGCAGUGCAACAGAAAAAUACCUCUCAUCCCUGUCUUCUGCCUCUCCAAGCUCUAUCACCUUCUCUCUGAAAACACCCUUUGUGGACAUUCGGACUGAGAAAAGGAGAUUUCAAAGGAAGGUAGCAAAUCGUAAAAAAAUUUGCCUUGAGGAGUUUGACGAGGCCCUACGGAAUCGACAGGCGGCAAUGGGUGGAGACCCUGAGCUGAGUGUUGGGGAGGAUCAGCAGGGUCUCAGUGAGACUGUUCGUUCUGAGGGGUUCAACUUGGGACUGAGUGACCUCACCGCUCCUGACAUCACCCAUGACAUCAUCACCAGCAAAACAGAGCUCUACGCCCCGCCUGAUGACACAGCAACAACCUUCACUAUCGCCACCCAGGACAAAGACACCAUCACAGGCACACAGAUCCAGCGAGAAAUGGGAGGAAUGAAGGAUGAGGAGGAGAAAGAUAUGGAGGUGGUAGGGGAACAAAAUGAGUACACGAUGGAAAUAGACAACAAAGAUGGAGAGGAUUUGGCUGUUGAUGCUGGGCAGAGAGAGGCCUUGGUGAGACAGGAGGAGUCCAAAUCACAGACCGAAGAGGUAGCUGACUCCCGGACAGGAGAAGAUGAGGAGCUGGCUAAAUCUCAAACAGAAGAAGAGGUAGCCGAGUCUCCGACAGAAGGAGAGGUAGCCGAGUCUCCGACAGAAGGAGAGGUAGCCGAGUCUCCGACAGAAGGAGAGGUAGCCGAGUCUCCGACAGAAGGAGAGGUAGCCGAGUCUCCGACAGAAGGAGAGGUAGCCGAGUCUCCGACAGAAGGAGAGGUAGCCGAGUCUCCGACAGAAGGAGAGGUAGCCGAGUCUCCGACAGAAGGAGAGGUAGCCGAGUCUCCGACAGAAGGAGAGGUAGCCGAGUCUCCGACAGAAGGAGAGGUAGCCGAGUCUCCGACAGAAGGAGAGGAGGAGGAGAUGACUGAAUCUCAGACAGAAGAUGUAGCAGAUGAAGGGAGACAGGUAGUGGAAAAAGGCUUGACAUCACAGAGUUUAGUACACAACGCGAUGCACAUCAGUCGGAGAGCUUAUUGCUCAGAGGGUGGUGUCAAGGUUGCUGGAGUGAUGGAAGGAGGGAGGGGCUACAAGAGCAUGGGAGCAGAGCUCCAUCCUACAGAGACUGGGUGCGCAGGCAGAAGGUCAGAGGGGGACACUGCUGGUGAGUGGCACAGCGGGCCGGAGGUGGGAGCUAGUGAGAGCGCCCACAGCCGCACAGUAACCCUUGGCAGCGCCCCUCCCUCCCCGCUGCCCCAGGAAGAUGAGCUGGAAGGUUUGAGUAGAACAGGCACCAGCCUUGGAAAUGAGGAGAUGGAGAACUCCAUGCCUUCUUUAGAGAUGACCUUUGUACCUGAGAACAAUGCCCCUCAUAGUAGCAUUUCAUCCCUGCACCCCAUCACUGCCCAGAGCCCAGCUGACCACGAGGAGGACUGGGAUGAUGUGGAAGAGGGGGAUGGUAUCCAGAGUGAAGAGCUGUCCAUGAAGACUCCUGCGUUUGUCAGAGAGAAGAGGAAUGCUCUGCCUAUUGACCCCCUGGCCACACCUACUAUUCUCAAAAACCUUCAACCAAGUGUUUCGGCUGGUGCUGCAGCUGCGGUGAAGCCCAAAGCGGUGAGGGGAAAGCGGACUGGAUCGGCCAAGAAGGAUCCUGGUCUCUCUAAGAGCUACAUCAUGAGUGUGUUCAAACACUUUGCCAAGACCAAGGUGUCUACAGAUGUCUACCCUGUCCUAAAGGAGAUAAUGGAGCUCUACUUUGACCGACUAGCUGAUGACUUGGAGAUGUUUGCUGCUCACGCCAAGAGGAAGACCAUUGAGGUAGAGGAUGUAGAGCUGCUGAUGCGGAGACAGGGGUUUGUGACUGACAGCAUGCCAGUCAAUGUGUUGAUUGAGAAAUAUCUCCCAAUGGAAUCCCGGAAGCUCCUCAUUCCUGUGGCAACAAGUGGUAACUACGUCAUUCCCAAACCGGGGAGAAAAUGACCAGCCUAUAGUGAAAAUGAUGUUUUAUAUUUGAUUGAAUAUCUAUUAACAGCUAUUAAUUUAUUAUUUGUAGACACUCAUUCAAACACAGCCAGGACAAGACCAUGUAACCUGGUGUAAAUGUGUUUUUGAUUGAAUAUGGCUUCAUCUUUUGUUUUGUUUGUUUAUAUUUGUCAAAUAUUAGUGCAAUAAAAUGUAUUUGAUUUAA